UGCGCACUGGGCCGCAGUAGGCGGUCAGGCACUGCGGUGGGCGCCUCGGGGGCUGGCAGGACCCCGGCCCCAAGAUGGCGGCGCCCAGCGAGACAGCCGCGUCUUCCUCUUGCCCAGGCGACGACGGCGGCGGCGGGGUCUUCGGGUCCUGGCUGGAUGGGCGUUUGGAGGCGCUGGGAGUGGACCGAGCCGUGUAUGGCGCCUACAUUCUCGGCGUCCUGCAGGAGGAGGAGGAGGAAGAGAAGCUGGACGCCCUGCAGUGCAUCCUCUGUGCUUUCCUGGAAGAAGAUUCCCUCCUUACCAUCUGCAAAGAGAUUGUGGAACGGUGGUCGGAAUCUCAGAAUGUUGUCCCCAAAGUGAAGAAAGAAGAUGAGGUCCAGGCCAUUGCCACCCUGAUUGAGAAGCAGGCACAGAUCGUGGUAAAGCCCCGGAUGGUGUCGGAGGAGCAGCGGCAGAGGAAAGCCGCCCUGCUGGCGCAGUACGCUGACAUAACCGAUGAGGAGGAUGAAGCAGAUGAGAAUGACGAUUCAGGCGCUGGGAUGAACACGGCUUCUGACAAAUCUCUGUUCCGAAACACCAAUGUGGAGGACGUCCUCAGCGCUCGGAAACUGGAGCGGGACUUGCUUCGGGAUGAGUCCCAAAGGAAGAAGGAACAGGAUAAGCUGCAGAGGGAGAGGGACAGACUGGCCAAGCAGGAGCGCAAGGAAAAGGAGAGGAAAAGGACACAGAGAGGGGAGCGGAAGCGAUAACCUCAGCCAGCUUCGCUCUUCCCCUCGUGGACCUCAAGCCGAGCUGGGUUUCGCAGACGUGUUUAGGAGGUCUGAGAGCAUUGUGGCAAAAGGUUUCCUCUUGUUUACAUGGUUAAAAGGAGUAUCACAAUCAUUCUAAUUACGAUAGGUGUGUAUUCAGUGGUGUGGGCAGUCAUAUUCUAGUCGUUCUCUACCAAAGACCUAGAAUGGGGCAGCCUUCAUAUUUUAUUAUUCAACUCCCAGGCUUCUUUAGCACCUUUUUAAAAAGAAAUCUUCCUUGGAUAAAGAGCAAGAUUCAGAAAGCUGACUCAGGUUUCCUCCUGAAGGAGUGGAGCUGGGACCUCUGCUCUGUGGGGUGCAGGCUGCUGUGCAGGUGCUGGUGCCCCAGUUGUAGCGGUUUCCCGGCUGAGAUAGGAAGCCCUGCUGAAAAUCCAGUUUAGGGUACAUGGCGGCAAACUAGGAAAAGGACUAUUUGGCAAGGGAAUGUUGUAGAUCUGAGAAUGUUUUUUAAGAAAGUUUCAGCUUACAGGACAGAAAAAAGUUUUUAAAUAGAGAUACUUAUGUAUUUUUCUUUUUCUGGGCAGUGACUUUAAGAAGAAAGUUGGCAUUGAGUGUAAGGAUAUCAUUGCUAGAUUAAUUUUUUAUAAUCAUGAAUCUCCUUGAGUGCUGGUAGAUUUUAAUCCUGAUUUGCCCUAAAUCAUGACUAUUAAGACCGCUGGUUCCUGGUUUAGAGAAACUGGAGGGAUUACCCUUGUAAGAAAAGCACUGGAACCCUUGGUGAUGCAAAGAUACGCAGGACAGGUCCGGUAGGUGCUUAAUGAACUUAGUGAAUGGGUGGGAGCCUGGGGUCAGAGGUCACAGGGCUCCACUCCUGUCCUGGUCACAGCCACAGUGCUGCAGGCCAGGCCCUUCCCUUGCUGACUCCUGCAGCAGAGCAACCAGGGCUCAGCAGACUACCACCCAGGAGCCAGACUGGUGCUUUUUUUUUUUUUUUUUGAUAUGGUACAAACUAAAAAUAGUUUUUACAUUUUUUUUUUUUUGGUACCAGGGAUCGAACUCAGGUCCUUGGCGCUUGUGCAGCAGGUGGCAAAAGCACUGAGCUAAAUCCUCGGCCCCAGAAGGUUUUUUUUAAAAAGACAUGAAUAAAGAAAAGAAGAUACGUUGCCUCUUCACAGUCCCGUAACUGUGGCAUUGAAAAAAUAACCAUCUUUUAAAAAAAAUAAACUUUAUUUAAAUCACUA